GGGCCCCGAACUGAAAUUAUUUAGACCAUAAAAAGCCAUUUUCAAUUGCUGGUCGCUGAUGUGUUUUUUUUUUUCACCAAGUGCUGAAGUGAGUUGAAAUGCAUUCAUUAAUGUUUUAGAGCUUUCUGAAGAGACUACGCAAAUACCUGACGCUUAUGCGUCAUUACGCAGAGUACCUUGGUGGUGUACCUUUGUGCGUCCUUUGCUUGAAUGGCUUCGUACACGCAAACUGGGAAGUCAAGGGCUGUUGUUGGAGUUUCCCCAAGGUAGAUGUGUGGUUUGAUGCGAAGAGACGUAUGUGGAUAAAGGAAAUAGAGACGUUCGUGCAAGUUCCCAGGGUAUGAGGACAGACCGUCCCAAGACCUGCAGUGCAGCACUACAUAGGAUCAGGGCACAUAGUAUGUGUAUCUACUGUGUGUACCAAACAUGAAAGAGGCAGAGUUCUAUGUGUUGUUGUGAAGAUGAGAUGAGCUGUGGAUGAUUCGUCUCAGUUUUCCCCAUGGCUCACAGCACAUAUGUUUACCCCAAUGGCCCAGAUAACACAGAGUCUGCAGUCAGCACUAAGCACAGUAGUGGUCCGUAUUGUGUGGAGACACCAUAUGGUUACCAGGUUGAUUUGGACUUUUUUCAGUACGUGGACAGUAUUGAAAGGGCUAACAGUAUUCAUCGGCUCAGCCUUCAAAGGCGCCUCAGGGCGGCCAAUCCCAUUUCAGAACCUCAAGACAGACUGGGCCCCGCCCAGUGGACCUCGUCUGAGUCUCUGUCAUCUGUGAGCAGCGAUGAAGCUCGCCGAGCUUCUUUCUCCUCCUCAUCCUCAUCCUCAUCUUUUAUGAGUCGUCGAAGGCCCCCACUCCCUCCUUCCCACUCCUCCCCUUCCCUCAUCCCAGCCGGGGGCAAUGAAGCCUCUCAGCCGCCCGUUGCUUCUCACAGAGCUCUGGAGGGUAAGCCCCCUACUGCGGCACGCUCCCCUGCUCUCCCCAGGUCUAACCCCCACGUGGAACGCACCUUGCUGGAGACCCGAAGGCGCCUGGAGCAGGAGAAGGCCUCCCUCUCAGCGGCUGCUCCUGAGCCUCAUCCUAGGCGCAGGCUUUCCAGCUUCGGGGGCCUUGGUUCCAGCGGCUCCCUCUCCCCGUACACCAGCUGGAAAGCUCUGAAUCAGAGCCUGCAAGCUGGUAGUGCUAGGCUGAGCGUUGCUGACCAAGCUGGGCAGGGGAUGUCUUCUCUGGGGAGCACAACAGGAGGGUCCCUGAGGCACAGUCCACUGAGCUCUGGCAGGGCCACCCCAGUGACUGGUGUGAGCCCCCUCCAUCUGCAAAUGGUGCGUGAUCAGAUGAUGGUGGCCCUUAAGAGAUUGAAGGAACUGGAGGAGCAAGUGAAGGCCAUUCCUGUUCUGCAGGUCAAGAUGUCCGUCCUCCAGGAGGAGAAGAGGCAGCUGACCGCUCAGGUGAAGAAUCUGAAAGGUGAGGACACGGAGAUGGAGGCGGUGUUUCGGAGACGAGCACACAGCACAGGCUCUGCAGAACAGCAGCGCUCCCAUCUGAGGAGAGAACGGAAGGCAGAGACCACCGGAGACAAUGAAGAGAUUUUGAAAACCCUCGCCACCAGUGGUCUGAAGGAGUUCAGCCAACUCACAGCGGAAAUGCAAGCUCUGGAGAAAAAAAUCAAAGACGCUCGUGUAGAAACACAACAUCGGUCGGCCACAAAAGCAUCCCACGCCAGAGGGCACAGGUCUGUGGCUGUUGGCGAUGACUUGCCAGUAGACGAAAUUGUCAUCCUCCAUCGGAGCUCUAAGAAGGUCACCAAAGACGUGGCCACAGAGGUGAAGCUUGAGACCAGGUCCACCGCAGUGGGAGUGUCUGAGUCCAUGCUUGGAGCGUCAUCAGCAGAGGCAGAACUGGAAUCCCAACAGCACACUAUCCACGUCCUGAGAGAUAAAGUGCAGCGCUUGGAGGCCGAGCUGAAAGACAUGGCUUUGCAGAAGGAGAUGGGCCGUCUAAGGAAUGAGCUUCGAAAUGCGGGAGCCAGGAAUCGCUUCGACAAGAGCUCCACGGCCCAACCCUUGACCCACAAUGCUGGGUCUCAGACCAGAGCUCAAACACGCAGUCUGGGGGUGGGAAACCACCCUAACAUGCGGGACGCCUCCACAGGAGAGCAAGUGCAGAAAGAGGGCUGGGGCAUCACUGUGGGUGUGUCAUGCAGACCAGAGACACGGUGUGUGGCCACAGGUCACGACACACCUAUGGAUCACUGGGUAGUAUUGGAGAAGGUGGAGACGUGUGAGAAGUGUGUUGGGGAUCGGGUUUCCAUGUGCAGUCAGAGCGUGAGUUCAGAGAUGAGUGUCCGCGAGGCUGGAGUCCUUACGGAGGAGACGAUGGAAACCCUUAGCCAGCGGAUCAGGAAAGUUGAGCAGCGGACCGUUGGGUGUGGCGACUGCACAGUGGACGUGACCGUGACGGCGCUGAAGACCCUGGUGUCUCGCGGGACACUCACUGAAGCAGCCAAAGGUGUAGAUCUGGGCAUUAUGGUGACUCCGUGCACGGCAUCCCAGCGCACCAACACCGCAGUUGACACGGUGUCUCGUUUCACUAGCACCGCAAUGGCCUUUGUUAUAGAGUCCAGCACCAACACCUCCCUGAACAUGACUAAGGAAAAACACACCAACACCAUGACCAACCUCACCAGAACGGUUGCCAUAGGUGAGGGUAAGGUUAAAGACAUGGAGGCAGCGGUGAAAAUGCGCUCUAUCGGUGUGGGAACGUCAGUACCAAGGGACAUGGGUAAUCUUCCUCAUAGUUCCUCUGCUGCGAAAAUAACAACUCGGGACGCAGGGGUGGGGCUUGCUAAUGUCCACGAGAACUUUUUGGUGGGCUUAAGAACCAGGAAUAUUGCAUGUGGUCCGUCUCACCUCCCAGACCCCGCUAAGACCAGGAGCAUUGGGGUGGGAGAGGGAAGGCUCCGGGAUGCAUCGGGACACUGGCAGACGUUUGUGCAGGUGACACGCACCCCCCCGCAGCCGCAGCCAUCAGCAGUGUUGGAGCCAGGCUUGGAUCAUUACAUCGAGCGCAUGCAGAGACUGCUGAAGGAGCAGCAGAGCCUGCUGACGGAGAGCCACAGUGAGCUGGGUGAGGUGAUAGCCCAGCCACAGGCUCACUUUACCUCCAUCAGUACCCAGCUAGCUAGCACCCUCUCCUGCCUGGACUCGGUAGUGCGGCAGGUGGGCACAGAGGAGCUUCAGUCACAGCACAAAGGUUCUGGGUCCUGCCCAUCCUCUGAAACCACAGAGAAGUCCCCGGGCCGGAAGAAGAACUCUAUGGGGGGAAAGAAGUCCUCUGACCUUCUUGGUCCACCCAGUGAUGCUCUGUCACUGAAGCCUAUCAUUAAGAGGAAAGAUGGCCCCCAGGGUUGCCAGGAUAGCAGGAAGAAGUUGAAGCUGAAGCCCGCAGGGCUGGAGAGUAUGGCCAUGAGUGAGGACUCCUGCUCAGAGGGCAGUGACUCCGAUGGAGCAGUGGAACCUCCUGCCAUGUCAGCGUGGAGAGGGAGCCGAUAUGUGGCCGAGGAAAAGAAGAACCCAGGGAAGCUGGAGAGGAGGGAACGGUAUGAGUUGAGUGACAAGGCCGUGUCAGCAUGUCACACACUAAAGGCACAUCUGUGUGAUGGGAAAACUUUAUCCAGCAGGGAGUUGCGCUCCUGCUUGAACAGUCUGCAGCAGGAGUGGUUCCGUGUGUCCAGUCAGAAGGCAGCGCAGGCAGGAACUGUGGGGGACUUCCUGUGUGCUGCGCACCGCGUGUCCCCAAUGGUGCUGAGUCACGUGGCAAAUAUGGCCGACGGAAACGGCAACACGGCCCUGCAUUACAGUGUCUCGCACUCCAACUUUAAUGUGGUCAAGAAACUGCUGGAUGCUGACGUGUGCAAUGUGGACCAGCAGAACAAAGCUGGUUAUACACCCAUCAUGCUAGCUGCCCUGGCUGCCGUGGAGACAAAGGAGGACAUGGGCGUAGUAGAGGUGCUCUUCUGCAAGGGAGACGUCAAUGCCAAGGCCAGCCAGGCGGGUCAGACGGCUUUGAUGCUGGCAGUCAGUCAUGGCCGCAUGGAUAUGGUCAGAGCCCUGCUGACCUCAGGGUCCGAGGUCAACAUUCAGGAUGACGAGGGGUCGACGGCACUGAUGUGUUCUAGCGAACACGGCCAUGCUGAUAUUGUGAAGUUGUUGCUGGCUCAGCCUGGCUGUGAUGCCACUUUGAGUGACAAUGACGAAAGCACCGCCCUAUCCAUAGCUCUGGAGGCCGGACAUAAAGACAUUGCCAUGCUGCUGUACGCCCAUGUUAACUUCUCCAAGGGUCAAACUCCGGGUACUCCACGACUUGGAAACAGACUUCCUCAUAUUCAGUAGGGAGAAGAUGUUUGGCCUAAUUGGAUGCCAGGAAUUCUUCCACAUAUUUGCUGCUAAAUAUACUCUCACUGAGUGCAAGAUCCAUUUGAUUGCAAACGUUGUUAGGGCCAGUAAUCUUGGACUACAGCUGAACUGCACUCAAAAUGAUCCAUUGAUCUUGGACUACACGUAAACUGAACUACACUCAAAAUGAUCCAUUGCUGAACCUAGCAAUUCCCAUAAUGUGCUUAGAAUUACAUGAAGAAUGCACAAUGUGUAAUGAGCAGUGCAUAAUUACACAUCUGUCAUAUGAGAAUUUGAUAUGGACCACGUCUACUCCAAUUUGUGAAGAUAAAAAACUGCCCAGUGUGCAGUCGCAUGCUAGCAAUAGAUGACUGAAGGAUGUUUGUCUUGGCACUGAGUCAUAUCCUUUCAUCAUUUUUAGCCACCUGGUAGAAGUCAUAGUUGCUGGACAAAUAUACCGCUCUGCCUAUUAUGCAACUCUUUGUAUGUCUGAGGCCACAGAGGGAGAUUGGGAUUGAGUCCAUGCAGUAUCUGUGUCCCUUCUCUGCCUGUAUCAGGCCAUGUCAGGAAUGACGGACUGACCUCCUCAGGAGAACAAGUAAAAGCAAUAGUAACGUUUUAAUGUUUUUCUGUAUGUAUUUACCCUUUUCGUACUAUUUUAUAUUUUUAAUGUGCAGAUAUUGGAUGCAGUAAAUAAUUCAGCAAUUAUUAAAGUAUAUGCAUUUAUAACUUGUACUUUGUAUAGUAUAAUUUCCUCUCUAGUACAGCCAACUAUUUUAAGAUUAUAUUUAGUGAGUUAUUUCCUGUAAAGUGUCUUAUUCUUACCAAAUAAUAAAGAUUAUUUCACUGUA